UGGAAUCCGGCUCCUUCAAAGGCUAAUCCAAACGAUUUAUGACACUGAUUUAUAAGGAAAACUUUUACUUAUUAUUUCAGCUUAUCAGUCAAGAUUUGAAUGAAAAUAAUCAUUGACCCAUAAUAAAUCGCUGCACCGAUAUUGAUUCCGAUAUAAAUAGCGCUUGCAAAUAGCUGCAAGGAAUCAAUCGCCAAGCAAAGCAAGAUACAAAAUGAAGUCGCUCUUUGUGUUUGCAAUCAUCGCCGUUGUCUCAAUUAGUGCCCAUUCAAGUUUGGACGAGAAAUGGGAGGAAUUCAAAACGGACUACCGCAAGGUGUAUAGCUACUCGAAAGAGGAGCAAAUGCGCAAGCAAAUUUUCAGCAAACAUUUAGAGGAAAUUGAGGAACAUAACGCUCGCUAUGCCGCUGGCAUUGAAACCUAUGAAAAGGGAAUUAAUCAAUUCAGUGAUUUGACUUACGAGGAAUUUGCCGCGCAAUUUUUGGGAGAAAAUUCACUUAUGGCUGAACAUGCGACAAAAAUUGAAAAAUACAUCGAGAAACCAUUGCGUCGAGAACUUGCUCCCGAGUCAUUUGAUUGGAGUGACGUCGAUGUUCCAGUGAAAAAUCAAAGAUCAUGUGGAUCUUGCUGGGCGUUUGCCAGUGUUGCUAGUGUUGAAUAUCGUUACAAGAAGUUCUUCAACAAAUCUUACACUUUAGCUGAACAAGAACUUGUCGAUUGUGAUGUUGGCGGAUGUAAAGGCGGUCGGUCCGAUGUGGCUCUUGAAUAUGUUCGCAACAACGGAUUGAGCUUCGAGAAGGACUAUCCCUACAAAGCUGUUGAAGAAGAAUGUCACGUGCCAAAUAACGAACCAAAAGCACCAGUAACCGUGAAAAAUGUCUACAAAACCGCAAAGGAUGAAGUUACGUUCAAGGAUCAUUUUUACCAAUACGGGCCCCUCGUCGUCUAUUACUUUGCCGAUAAAAACUUCCAAUCGUACAAAAAGGGAGUUUUUAUGAGUGAUACGUGUAAUUUGCCCAAUAGCAAAAUCAAUCACGCAGUCCUGAUCGUAGGAUAUGGCAACGACAACGGAUUAAAAUAUUGGCUCGCCCGUAACUCCUGGGGCAAGAAUUUUGGUGAAGAUGGUUAUUUCCGCAUUGUACGAGACGCAAACAUGUGCAAUAUGGCUAAACAUCCUGCUAUUUACCCAGAAGUUGCAUAAAAAAAUGUAAUUUUGAUAUUAAUCAAUAAAAAGUUUUAACUUUUCUGA